GUUUUUUUUUAUCUCGCAGUUGGCUGCCCUGAAUUUACUUUUGGUGCUUAGUGCAGUGGAAAAAAAAGAGAAAAUUCUCGUGAAAAAUGUUCAGAUUGAAGGGAAUUUCCCAAACAGAUCCCAUUGAGGAACGCAGACGUGUCCGUGAAGCAGUCAAGAAAAAUGUCGUCACAUUCCUGGCACUCUGUGCUGCCAUUAGAAUAGCACCAAUUGUCCUCAGGGAACUAAGUAAUGCCAUUCAACGUUAAUUCUGGUGUAUCCUGCAAUGGGAUAACAUAGAUUUUUGUACAUUUUUUUUACAUAAAAAAUAAUAUUUUGAUACCUCAGAAAGAA